UCAAUGUCUUCACGUGCGGUGCUCUGCCGGCCGGUUUAAUAUUAUUAUUUAUACUAUCUCCAUACAUACAUACAUAUAAACAAAGAAAAUUGAAAUAUUUGUGUAUAAAUAAUAUUAUAACUGUAAGUGGUUGUAUAGUAGUAUAGUUUUUGUUUUUUGUUUAAAGUUCAAGAAAAUUGAUCAGAGAGAUCAAGGAGUGUGUUUAUUUUAUGAAUAACUAAGCAAUUUUAUUAAUAACAAUUCUGAAUGAAAUGAUAAAUUAUAAUUUUCCCUUCAUUCGCGCAUUGGAAAUAGAUUACAACGAAAUACACCACAAAUACUGCGUUGCGAUCGGCCUAGUUCCUAAAGAUAACACAGAAUAAAGUCAUUGAAAUUAUUGUGAACCCGUCUACAAAGUCAACAAAUAAAAAUUCAACUGUGAUAAAUGCCUCCUCAACAAUGUUGCUCUACAUUUAUGUGACAACAAUUACGUUCACCCUAAUUUCAUCCAGUAACUACUUCGCUCUGGGAAUUAAUUGUCCAUCGAAAUGCACCUGUCGCUGGGAAGUAGACGGUUUAAUAGUUGACUGUUCCCAUAGAGGCCUCCUAAAAUAUCCUCCCCUUGAAGAAGGUCUACCGGUGGAACGCUUGGAUCUUUCUUCAAAUUUAUUUCAAGAAUUUCCCAACAAUUAUGCCGGUAUCAAUACCCUCAUACACCUCGAUCUAUCCAACAAUGAUAUUCAGGAAGUCGCUGGUGAUGCAUUAAUUGGUUAUGAAUCACUUCGAGUCCUGGAUCUGUCCAAUAACAGUAUUCAGAAUUGGGAUGAUAUCAACCCCAAUGUUGCUUUUCAAAGUGCUGAAAAUCUUCAGAAAUUAUCUCUAGCGGGAAAUCAACUUGAAAGGUUCUCAUCGGGAAGUGAUGGAACGCCCUUGCUCAUGAAUGACAUGCUUGCCGAACUGGAUCUCAGUAAUUGUGGUAUAACUCAAGUUGGAAAUGUCUUGAGUGGAAUGCCAAGCCUGCAGAAGCUUAAUUUAUCGGGGAACAACAUUAAAACACUAACAUUGCUCCUGUCGAAGUCAUUACGAGCUCUUGACGUUAGUAACUGCAGCCUGUCAGUUCUUACGUCAUCUCUCAGCGAGAACCUUCCCAGCUUGGAAGUCUUAAAUUUGUCAUGGAAUCCCGGUCUCAGUUUGGGCAACAACAAGUUGGGAGACAUUUUUGUAUGUGAAACCUUACGGCAACUUGAUGUUUCGUUUUGCAAUCUUGACUAUGUGGACUUGGGCGGAAUGCCAAACCUAGUAGUGGCACUACUGAAAGGCAACACAUUACGAAGCAUUAGCGCAACAAUGUUUUCCAACAAUACUGAACUUGAACUUUUGGACUUAUCAAGGAAUGCCAUCCGCCAGAUAGAUCCAAUAGCCUUCACAUCUCUGCGGAGACUCAUUGAACUGGACUUAUCGUACAAUGAAAUAUUUCGCAUCGAUCGCAAUCAAUUCCGCAACAAUGAUGCUCUUGUAAAUAUCAACUUGAGUCGCAACAUUUUCAAUCAAUUUUCCAGAUUUAUUUCGAAUUCUCUGCGAACGGUGAAUUUGAGUGGGUGUGAGAUUCUUGACAUAGAUCCGACUGCUUUUACGGGAUUCAAAACGCUCAUCAAUUUGGAUUUGUCGAAUAAUUUGAUUUCGGAAUUUCCAGAAAAUAUGCGGUCCGAGACUCUGAAGAAGCUGGAUCUCAGCAUGUGCAGACUUACAAUAAUCCGAAAUACAACAUUCCACGGCUUCCCAGAGCUUGCUAGUCUCAAGCUGUCGGGCAAUCGUUUUACGAAUCCCUUUCGACCCGAAUACUUUAGAUCGAACACUUUCCUAAGUCAAAUUUGGUUGAGUGACAAUACAUGGCGUUGUGAUUGUCAUGAUCCAACGUUUAUGGCUUUUUAUGAUUUUCUAACUAUAAAACCACAAAAGCUGAAAGACAAAAGUAACGUUAAAUGCUUCAGUCCAACAGCUUAUUAUUUGAAAAGCUGGGAGGCUGCCUGCAUGUCUGUUUGGUAUCCGGCUCAAAAUGAAAAGGCUGCCCAAAAAGUUUGGGUGGUAAUGGUAAUCCUGCUCAUAAUAGUGGGUUGUAUUUUGAUGGCUUCAUCGUGUUUCCGAAAUCUCGUUCGAAGCCAAAUGAAACGAAGAGAUCGCCGUGAGCAGGAAGAAAACGAAGCAGAAUUGGCCGAAAUCCAACGGAUCAAUCGCCGACUUCUUGCCCAAGACGCUCAGCAAAAUGCUCCAACUGGACUAGAAUCAAUGCUUCCUACUUACGAAGAUGCACUCUUAAUGCCGAAGUUAGAUAGAGGAAGUAAGUCGAUGAUGGAUCUAUCGUCAACAAGGAAGCCUGUAUCAAGAAUUCGGCGAGAUAUAGAGUCCGGCAGAGGAAGAAUAGACGAAGAAGAAACCGUCUUAGACCAUCAUCGCUACCGCAGCGAGGAAUUAUUGUCAAAUCGAGACAAAGAACGCACAGCACACAUCGGGACCUUCCGGCGGACGGGUAGAAUUGAACACAAUCCAUCGGGAAGUCGACGUUUUAGCAUCGAAGACUUGCGUUUUCCGGCAGCACACUUGAAAUCUCAGAAUCUUCAGAGUGCCGAGCGCAUUGGCAACUUCCAAAGCUACGAAAACAGUCCGUAUUCCAAGAGGCGUCCAAAACCACCAGAGAUAUCAGUAUUCAAACGAGCCAGCAUCAGAGAUAGUGUAGAAUUCCUCACAGAUUCCGAAUACAAUAGCAAGCCAGGAAGUCCGUUUGCCCAACGCCGUCCUCAAAUCGAAGGAGCAACUGAUGUUUCGGCAUCUUCAACAUCGCUAUCCGUUAGUUCUCGAGGAUUAUUUAAAGGCAGAGUGCCAGCUGAUAAGAGUUUUCUCACUGUCGAAGAACAUUUUGCUCGUGAUGAAGUAGACAACAAGUCUGGAUCAAUUAAUUCGAGUUCAAGUGAUUUUCAAGUUAUGCGUUCGUCAGAUGUUGACUUAGCAUCAAUUCCAUCGGAUUCCAAUUCAUCUUCGAGGGAUGAACCUGUAGUUGUAGUUCAUACGCCAAUUAGAGAAAGUAAAUUCUAGAACAAAUAUUUUUAUUUAUACGCAUAGAUAUACAUACGUACAUAUAAUUUUUUAUCGUUUAAAUAAUAUAAAAUGAAAAUUGUUAUAGAUAAGAUUAUUAUGAUGUUUAAUUUGGUUGAAAAUAAUAAAAUCUAUUUAUUUAAGAAUUAAAAA